UGGCUUCUGACCACUUUCACUUUGAAGUAGUGCUGUAAGCAACAUACCGCACGAUUGCAGAUGGUCCUGGGGGAUCGUGCAAUUAAUUUGUAAAGAAACCUACAAAUAAGAUGAAGCUGCGGGUUCAGCUGCAGUGUAAAAACCUCCAUGAAUACCUGAGGGAACUCAGUCCAGACGUCCUGGACAGACUGUACAACCACCCGGCCACCUGCCUUGCGGUCUUCAGGGAGCUUCCCCCAUUGGCCAAGAACUAUGUGAUGCGUAUGCUUUUCCUGGAUCAGCCCCUCCCACAGGCUGCCGUUGCCUUGUGGGUAAAAAAGGAUAGUCAGAAGGAUCAUGACCAGUGUGUGUCCGUGCUGAUGGGACUGAGGCUGUGGCACAACCAGCAGCUGCAGGGGGGGCUGCAGGGGAUCGUGCUGAACCCCAUCUUCAAGGAGAACCUGCGGGUGGCGGUGCUGGGGGGGGGUAAGGCGUGGGUGGACGAGGGCAGCAGUCUGGGUCCUGACCGCCAUGCGCGGGAUGUGGAGAGCCUGGACCGCUACGCCAUGGAGCGGUGGGAGGUCAUCCUGCACUUCAUGGUGGGGUCGCCCAGCGCGGCGGUCAGCCAGGACCUCGCCCAGCUGCUGACGCAGGCCGGGCUCAUGAGGAGUGAGGCAGGGGAAGCUCCUUGUAUAACAUCUGCCGGGUUUCAGUUCCUCCUGCUGGACACGGCCUCCCAGCUGUGGUACUUCACCCUGCAGUACCUGAACACUGCACAGUCCAGAGGGAUGGAUUUGGUGGAGAUUUUGUCCUUCCUGUUCCAGCUCAGCUUCUCCACUCUCGGCAGGGAUUACUCUGUGGAGGGGAUGAGUGAGUCCCUGCUAACGUUUCUCCAGCACCUGCGUGAGUUCGGACUGGUCUUCCAGAGGAAGAGGAGGUCCAGGCGGUACUACCCCACACGGCUGGCCAUCACACUGGCGGCGGGUGUCACGGCUAACUCUGCCUCCUCAGCCUCCUCCCCCACUCCUGGCACCGCUCCCGGCACUGGGGAUUCAGGCUUCAUCGUCGUGGAAACCAACUACCGCUUGUAUGCCUACACAAACUCGGAGCUGCAGAUCGCUCUGGUGGCCCUGUUCAGUGAGAUGCUGUAUCGUUUCCCGAACGUGGUGGUGGCUCAGAUCACCAGGGAGUCUGUGCAGCAGGCCAUCGCGAACGGCAUCACCGCACAGCAGAUCAUCCACUUCCUGAGGACCAGAGCUCAUCCGGUCAUGCUCAAACAGACCCCUGUUCUCCCUCCCACCAUCACAGAUCAAAUCAGACUAUGGGAGCUGGAGAGAGACAGACUGCAGUUCACUGAGGGAGUGCUGUAUAACCAGUUCCUUUCCCAGGCUGAUUUUGAGGUGCUAAGGGACCGAGCUCAGGGCCUGGGGGUUCUGGUUUGGCAGAAUGCCCCCCACAGGGUGAUGGUCGUCACGCCGCAUGGGCACAGCGAGGUCAAACGGUUCUGGAAACGGCAGAAGAGCCACACCUAGAGGCGGGGGGCGGGGUGAGGGG